AUGGACGACUCCAUGUUCGACCUGGAUGACGGCAGCUCGGACUUCGCGCCAGCCACGGCAAAGACCAAGCCAGUCAAGAAAGCUGCAGCUCCGAAAGCCGCCGCAAAGAAGGCAAAUGCCCCGAAAGGAAAGCCCGGACCAAAGCCCAAAACCACAGUACCCAAGAAGCGCGCGAAGAAGGAUUCUGAAGACGAGGGCUCAGACAAUGAAUCUGUUCCCGUGUUCGACGAUGAAUCACUCCUCGAAGAUACUCCGCCGCAGGCGAAGAAGGCCAAGCCCAAUCCAAUCAAAGGGAAUCACAAGAAACCGCUUGGAGAUGUUGUCAAUGAAGCCAUUGGCACGGACGGCGCAAAUGAUACUCCGCAGCCGCAAAAGAAGAAACGUGUCUCGGAGCAGUAUCAAAAACUCACACAACUGGAACAUAUCAUCAAGCGUCCUGACACCUAUAUCGGGUCGGUCGAGCGCACAGAAAAGCAGAUGUGGGUCUACAACACGGAACAAGAUAGUAUGGAGUUUCGAGAAGUUUCGUACGUCCCGGGCAUUUUCAAGAUCUUCGAUGAGAUCCUGGUAAAUGCUGCCGACAACAAACAGAAUGACAAGAACAUGGACGAGAUUCGAGUCACAAUCGACCGGGAGAAGGGCGAAAUCAGUGUCUGGAACAACGGCCGAGGCAUUCCGAUAGAGAUCCAUUCCAAGGAAAAGAUCUAUAUCCCCGAGAUGAUCUUUGGCCACUUGCUCACCGGCUCCAACUACGACGAUGACCAACAAAAGAUCACAGGUGGUAGAAACGGUUACGGUGCGAAGCUCUGCAAUAUCUUCAGCACGCAAUUCACCGUCGAAACCGCGGAUUCGAGGCAGAAAAAGAAGUAUAAACAAACUUGGACGAACAACAUGUCUCAAAUGGGGAAGGCCAAGAUCACUGACAAUAAAAGUGACGACUUCACCAAGGUCACCUUCUCGCCAGACUUUCUGAAAUUCGGCAUGACGGCUAUGGACGAUGAUCAUGAAGCGCUCUUCAAGCGGCGCGUCUACGAUCUUGCUGGCACUUGCAAAGGUGUUGCUGUGAAGCUGAAUGGCUCUCGUGUGCCAGUCCGGAAUUUCAAGAAGUACUGCGAGAUGUAUACGAAAGCAAUCAAAAAGGAGCGAGGCGAAGAGGCUGCAAACGACAGCUCGGAGAUCAUCAUGGAGUCACCCGAUCCGCGCUGGGAGAUCGGUUUCGCGGUGUCGGAUGGCUCAUUUCAACAAGUGUCGUUUGUCAACUCCAUAGCCACAACGUCCGGCGGUACCCAUGUCAACUAUGUGGCGGAUCAAAUCGUCAACCGCCUCAUGGAUGUCGUCAAGAAGAAGAACAAGGGCGGUGCAGCGUUGAAGCCUAAUCAGAUUCGGAACCAUAUCUUCGUCUUCGUCAACGCCCUGGUCGUCAAUCCUGCCUUCACGUCCCAGACCAAGGAACAGCUUACCACCAAACCAAGUCAGUUUGGCAGCAAGUGCCAGGUGUCCGACGAAUUCAUGAAGAAGAUUGCAAGGACAGAAGUCAUCACCAACAUCCUCCAUUUUGCCCAGCAGAAGGCCGAUCAGAUAAUGAAGAAAUCAGAUGGCAGUCGACGAAGUCGUAUGAACAACCCCAAGCUCACCGAUGCCAACAGAGCAGGCACGAAGGAUGGCCACAAGUGCACUUUGAUCUUGACAGAAGGUGACUCGGCUAAAGGUCUCGCGAUGGCAGGGCGAUCCGUUGUUGGCCCUGACCUGUUUGGCGUGUUCCCUCUUCGAGGCAAGCUUUUGAAUGUCCGAGAUGCGUCUGUUGAUCAGAUCUCGAAAAACGCCGAGAUCCAAAAUAUCAAAAACUUCUUGGGCCUUCAGCACAAGAAGGUCUACACAGACACCCAUGGCCUCCGCUAUGGGCAUCUGAUGAUUAUGACGGAUCAGGAUCACGAUGGCAGUCAUAUCAAGGGGCUAUUGAUCAAUUUCCUGCAAGUUCAAUUUCCCAGUCUGCUAAAGAUCCCAAAAUUCUUGGUGGAGUUCAUCACGCCGAUUGUGAAAGUGUUCAAAGGCGAUCCCAAGAAUCCUUCACAAUCACGGGCUUUCUACACUAUGCCCGAGUACGAAGCGUGGAAAGAGGCACAUCAACACGAACGUGGAUGGGAACACAAGUACUACAAGGGAUUGGGCACGAGUACAACGGCAGACGCACAGCAAUACUUCAACGACAUCGACAAGCAUCACAAGGAGUUCGACGUCAUGAAGGAGGAAGAGGUUCCAUUGAUCGAAUUGGCGUUCUCGAAAAAGAAGACUGAUGAACGAAAGGAAUGGUUGCGUCAAUUCAAGCCGGGCACUUAUCUGGAUCAUACCACAAAGACCAUCUCUUACACCGACUUCGUCAAUAGAGAGUUGAUUCUGUUCAGCAUGGCAGAUAAUGUGCGAUCCAUCCCUUCCGUGGUCGAUGGACUGAAGCCUGGGCAACGAAAAGUCAUGUAUACAUGCUUCAAACGCAAUUUGAGGAAGGACAUGAAAGUGGCCGAGCUCGCGGGUUUGGUUGGUGGGAUGACCGCCUACCAUCAUGGCGAAGCUUCUCUCCAACAAACAAUCGUUGGCCUGGCCCAGGACUUCGUCGGCUCCAACAAUGUCAACCUGCUCGAACCUUCCGGCCAGUUCGGCACGCGGAAUCAAGGUGGUAAUGAUUGCGCCAGUGCUCGUUACAUCUUCACCCGUCUCUCCCCAUUUGCCAGAAAGCUCUUUCACCAAGCGGAUGAGCCUCUGCUGACAUACAACAAGGACGACGAUCGGACGAUCGAGCCUGAAGUGUAUGUUCCCGUCGUCCCAUUGAUCCUUGUCAAUGGUGCGGACGGUAUCGGAACAGGUUGGAGUUCAUCCAUCCCUAACUACAACCCUGAAGACAUUGUCGAGAAUAUCAAGCGCAGAAUGAAUGGUGAGGAGUGGAAGCCUAUGCAGCCAUGGUUUCGCGGGUUCAAGGGAGAGGUCAAACCCGCUGGCCCGGACCGAUAUUCAUUCAGUGGUACCAUCCGCCAAACAGGAGACACGGAAGUUGAAAUCACCGAGUUGCCAAUCCGAACUUGGACACAGGACUUCAAAGACAAGCUGGAAGAGAUCAUCAAGGCCGAAAAGGUACCCUCCUUCAUCAAGGACUAUAAGGACUACAACACCCACGACAGCGUCCACUUCGUCAUCCAAUUGGAUGAGAAGCACUUGAAGACAGCGGUUGAGGAGGGGCUGGUAGAGAAAUUCAAGCUCACAAAGUCCGUUGCAACCUCGAACCUUGUCGCCUUCGAUCCGGAAGGUCGUAUCACCAAAUACCCCAACGUCGAGGCUAUCAUGGAUGAAUUCUAUAGCUAUCGACUCCAACUGUACGCAAAGCGGAAGGAGUGGCUCCUGCAGGACAUGCAGAAAACGCUCAGACGUCUGACCAAUCAAGCUCGGUUUAUACAGAUGAUCAUCGACGGCAAAUUGAACAUCUCCAAGAAGAAGAAGGCAGUCCUCAUCGCAGAACUGCGAAAGCUCGGGUUUGAUGCAUACCCCAAAACCGAGGAUGCAUCAAAACAAAACGAGAUCUUGCCAGUGGCGGAAGAGGAGCCCGAAGAAGAAGAUUCGCUGGAUGCUAGCGCCUACGAUUACCUCCUGGGGAUGCCACUCUGGUCUCUCACACAGGAGCGUGUGGAGAAGCUCAUGAGACAGAUUGGCGAGAAGGAAGCCGAGAUCGAUGAGCUAAUGAAGAAGUCCAAGGAGGACCUGUGGAAGCACGAUCUGGAGGAAUUCAUUACUGAAUGGAGGUUCCAGCUUGAAGACGAGCAUAAUCGAAUCCGCAACAUCCGCAAGGGUAGACGCGUCUCCAAGAAGUUUGCCACGGCGCUCAAUGCCAAAGCAGGCGGCAAGAAACGCAAAGGCUUGGGUGAUGGAUCAGAUGAGUCUGAUUUCGAAGUCUCGGCCCCGAAAGCCAAAAAGAGCGCGACGGCACCAAAACCGGCACCAAAGCAGCGUACGAUCACGGCAUAUGUUGCACCCAAAACCAAUGCUUUGAAGAAUGCAAUGGAACAGCGAAAGUUGUAUGCGGAUGGCUCCAGCGACCCUGCCGAACCUUUAGAGACGACCCAGCCUGAGACAAAUGGACACAAUGCUACUGUCAAAGAUGAGGAUGAGGCGGAUAAGGCCGCUCCAAACCCUCCUGGUCGACAAGCUCGUGCUGUUGCUAAGAAACCCACAAGUUAUGCGCUGCUCAGUGACUCGGACAGCGAUAACGGAGAUGGCUUACUUGCUGAUCUCGGUGAUAUGGUCAAGGGCCUUCCCAGCAAAGCCACCAAUGACAGCGCCAGUGAGUCGAGAAUGUUGUUCUCGGCAUCGGCCUCUCGCCCAACCAGUAGUCAUGGUCACAAAGUUCCGCUCAAAUCGGCUGGAAAAAGCACGGCAGAUUUGUCUGAUGAUGAGACUGACUACAAGAUGUUGGCCCCUCAGCAGUCGCCGAGACGAUCGAUCAUUGUGACAAACAAGGAAGACUUCAAUAUUCCGGAGGAAUCAGAGGAUGAUGUUGUUCCUACAAAGACCACCAAGAGAGCCCCUCCUAAGAAGGCACCGGUCAUUGAUGACGACGACAGCGAGGGUGACAUCGUUGAGCCCAAACCUCGCGGCAAGGCGGCUGCAAAGACAGCACCUAGCGAAACGCAGCCGAAAGCUAAGAAAAUAGCUACCAAGAAGAAAGGGCCAGCUGCACAGAAGGUUGAACAGUCCCCGGUCGCUAAGGCAUAUGCAAAGAGACUGGCGAAGAAGAAGGUAGUGGAUUCAGACGACGAGAUGGAUGCUCUCGCCAACGACAUUCUGAAAUCUCCUUCAGCUUCAGAUUCAGAUGUUCCUGUGGCCCGGAAGUCCGCAGCUAGACCUGCAAGAAGAGCUGUCGCUGCGAAGAAGACGUAUGCAUUCGACAAUGAUGACGAUGAAGACGAGGACGGCGGCUUUCAAGAAGAUGGAUCCUCGGCUACCUUUUCAGACAGCGAGUGA